CAGAGCAAGCAGAUUAAUCUCCCAGUGCUCACAGCCUUUUCUUGGACUUCUGUGUGUCACACAGUGAUCACUGUUUAAAAACACUGAUAAAAUUCAAGAAUGUGCCAAUAAUAACUCCCUCAUCGUGGGCUGAGCUGGAUUUCCAAAGCACCAGAAGCUGAAUGCUGAUCCUCCAGGAAAGAUGGUGAGCAGGGUGCCAUUGGGGGCCCUCAGGACCACCUGACUCCAAACCACAGGACUGGUCCACGGUAGGUCAGGGAGCUGUGGGUGGGGCAGAGUGGAUGAGAGAGGACAUCUCCCCUUUUACAUCAGCUUUUUUUAACCUUCCUUUGCCUUGAAGGUCCGGCUGCUUGUCUCACCAUUCCUGUCUCCCCUGAUCCCCCAUGGAGACAGAUUCCUUAAAGCUUCAGGGGUGCCUGGGUGGCUCAGUUGGUUAAACGUUUGACUCUUGAUCUCAGCUCAGGUCAUGAUCUCACAGUUCAUGAGUUCAAGCCCCGCAUUGGGCUUUGUGCUGACAGUGCGGAGCCUGCUUGGGAUUCUGUCUCUCCCUCUCCCUGCCCCUUCCCCACUUGCUCUCUCUCUCUCUCUCUCUCUCUCUCAAAAUAAAUAGACUUAAAAAAAAAAAACUUCAUUUAGAAACCUUUGAGUCACCUGCCUUGACACCAUUAAUUUUCCCUCUCUGCCCUCGCUCUCUAAACUUCCUCCACAAUACAAGUGAGUGUCUAAGACUUCGUUUGCACAGAGAUGUUAGAAAAAUAUGUAUUUUUUAACUUAAUAGGGAAAAUGACGUAUGAGACCUUCCAUUUGAAUCGAGAAACUGAGAGAGGCACUGUGGUUUAUGUAGGGACAAUUCCUUUGGAAGAUCCAGGCAGAAGUCAGACUGGUUUAUGAUGAAAAAGCACAAUACUAAUGUAUUCCUAGCACUUCAGGGAAAUUCAGGGAACCUCCUUCCCCCAGUCUAUCGUCUACAGAACAUAUCCCCAGUUGAAUGCAGUAAUACUUUCUCUUGGAAAGGACCUGUGCAAGAGAGGGAGGCUUGGGUCUUUCAGGGGAUUGAUGUUUAUUUCCUUCAAGAAAUACUGAGUGUUUCUUGUGUUCCAGGCAUGAUAUGAGAUAUGGAAGAUACAAGGAUGGGCAAACAGAUGUGGUUCCCGUUUUCGUGGAGCUACCAUCAAGAGGGGUAACACUAGUAACCAAUUAAUCAUUAAAUAAAUGUGCAAAGGAAGUGGUGACGAGUGCUGGUAAGGAGAGAUCUCCAUGGGGCUAGGAGAGGCAAUACGAGAAAGGAUUUGACCUCGUCUAAAGGGUCAUAAAAAGCUUUCCUAAAAAAGUGAUGAUUGGGUUGAGGCCUGAAUGAUGAGCAAGAAUUAAGUCGAUAAAGAAGGAAGGGGAGGUGGGGCACCUGGGUGGCUCGGUCGGUUGAGCGGCCGACUUCGGCUCAGGUCACGAUCUCGCGGUCCGUGAGUUCGAGCCCCUCGUCGGGCUCUGUGCUGACAGCUCAGAGCCUGGAGCCUGUUUCGGAUUCUGUGUCUCCCUCUCUCUGACCCUCCCCCGUUCAUGCUCUGUCUCUCUCUGUCUCAAAAAUAAAUAAACGUUAAAAAAAAUUAAAAAAAAAAAAAGAAGGAAGGGGAGGGAAUGAGCUGGGGGCCCUGUGGGGACCUGGUGAAGCACAAGGAGUAAGGACUCUGCAUUGGAUCAGGGAGAGUGAAGGGGAGAGGGGCUGAGGUUGGAGAGGUCCCAGGGCACAGAUCAGGGAGGACCUUGCUUGUAGACCACGUCAAGGAUUCUAAUAUUUAUCAUACAAGCAACGGGAAGCCAUUGAAUAGUUUUAAUUGGUGAUAGUGGUCCUGAUAGUGGUGGGGGAUGUAUUCAGCUUUGUGUUGGAAAAGAUUGUUCUGGUGGCCGUGUGACUGGGUGGGGAGAGGGUAGAUUCAAGGUAGAAAGAGCAGGCAGAGGGUCUUGUAGCAUCCCAGGCAAGUGAUGGAAAGAGACAUUGAAGAGGGAAAAUCAACAGGGCGUGGUGUGUGUGGUCCCCUUAUCACCUUCAAGCUUCCUCAAGUGUAAAUCUGACAGGAGCCCAAAGGAGCAUGCCCGUUGGUGCACGAGAGAGCACGUCAAAGCUAAAUUACAUUGAUCUGAAGAAAGAGCACUGGUGCAAGAUCCCAAGGAGCAUUUUCCAGCCCUCCUGCCUCUUCAGCAUGAGCAGGCACCGAAAAUGAAGUGUGAGGGAAGGAAGCAGGCACCCAGGUUAUUUUUAGCAAGCUAUAGGAAAUAGCCAACAUUCUAAUUUGAAUUCUUCUCAUUAAAACCCAGAGCCUAACCCCACACAGUUCUUGUUUCUAAUGUCGGCAAACUUCUCUUUUUCCAGAUAAUUGACAAUAGGCCCCCACGGAAGUCUUCUCAGCAUUUCUGCAAAAAUUUAGCAAACAUUAGGUUUGACACCAUCACCACAUUUGCCAAGACAGCAAAAAUCCCAGCCGGCAAAACUUCGAGCGUGAUGAAGUGGAACAGAGAGGACAGCGCGGAAUGAGUGAUCAUUUCAGGAAAUCUUCUAGCAAGAGUUUCCAGUGUUGGGGUUUCGCAUCGUCUUUGCAGGAAGAGCGGUACGGAAGGUCCACUCUGGGGCCAGGCUGCGGUGAUGUAGUGUGAGUGAAGACAUCCGGGAUGGCUCAGGGAUCUGGGGAUCAAAGAGCAGUGGGGAUUGCUGACCCAGAGGACAGUUCUCCAAACAUGAUAGUCUACCGCAAAAUUGAAGACAUCAUCACAAAGAUGCAAGAUGACAAGACAGGGGGUGUGCCCAUCAGAACAGUCAAGAGCUUUCUCUCCAAAAUUCCCAGUGUCGUUACAGGUACUGACAUUGUGCAAUGGCUUAUGAAGAACCUCUCCAUCGAGGACCCAGUUGAAGCAAUACACGUGGGAAGCCUUAUAGCUGCCCAAGGCUACAUCUUUCCAAUCUCGGACCACGUUCUCACCAUGAAGGAUGACGGCACCUUCUACCGUUUCCAGGCCCCGUACUUUUGGCCUUCAAACUGCUGGGAGCCUGAAAACACCGACUACGCCAUCUAUCUCUGUAAGAGGACAAUGCAGAAUAAAGCAAGGUUGGAACUGGCAGACUAUGAAGCAGAAAACUUAGCAAGACUCCAGAGGGCCUUCGCAAGGAAGUGGGAAUUCAUCUUUAUGCAAGCAGAAGCACAAGUGAAGAUAGAUCGGAAAAAGGACAAGACAGAAAGGAAAAUUUUGGAUAGUCAAGAACGGGCCUUUUGGGAUGUGCACAGGCCAGUGCCAGGCUGUGUGAACACAACAGAAAUGGAUAUCAGAAAAUGCCGGCGUCUGAAGAACCCACAAAAGGUUAAGAAGUCAGUGUAUGGUGUGACUGAAGAGUCCCAGUCGCAAAGCCCCGUGCACAUACCCAGUCAGCCAAUCAGGAAAACUACAAAAGAGGACAUCCGGAAACAGAUAACAUUUUUGAGUGCACAGAUUGACAGACAUUGUUUAAAAAUGUCCAAAGUGGCUGAAAGCUUAAUUGCUUACACAGAACAGUAUGUGGAAUACGAUCCAUUGAUCACGCCGGCCGAGCCGUCCAAUCCCUGGAUCAGCGACGAUAUCACUAUUUGGGGGAUAGAAAAAAGCAAAGAGCCCAGCCAGCAGCGAGUCAAGAGAUGGGGCUUCUCUUUCGACGAGGUAUUGAAGGACCAGGUGGGGCGGGACCAGUUCCUAAGAUUCCUGGAGUCCGAAUUCAGCUCCGAAAACCUCAGGUUCUGGUUGGCUGUCCAAGAUCUCAAGAAACAGCCCCUACAGGAUGUGGCCAAGAGGGUGGAAGAAAUCUGGCAAGAGUUUCUGGCUCCAGGGGCACCGAGUGCAAUCAACCUGGACUCUCACAGCUAUGAGAUAACCAGUCAAAAUGUCAAAGACGGAGGGAGAUACACAUUCGAAGAUGCCCAGGAACACAUCUACAAGUUGAUGAAGAGUGACAGCUAUGCCCGCUUCCUCCGGUCAAAUGCCUACCAGGACUUGCUGCUGGCCAAGAAGAAGCCAGAAAGUGAGCAAGGUCGUAGAACCUCCUUAGAAAAGUUCACUCGCAGUGUGUGCUGCUGGCGCAGAGUCAGAAUGGCCGCUGCACUUCACCCCCGAGGUGGCUUCCUUCCAGCAGUGGGGAAAGUCGCUGGCGGGCAAGCGCCUCACCGGCCUGAUGCAGUCCUCCUGACAGUCCCCGCCGCAGGGCCCGGGCCCGACGACCCCACGGGCAGGCGGCGGCGCUCCACAUCCGCGGACAGAGUUUCCCUACGGGGAGAUCUGGUCACUGUGAAAGAGAAGGAGUGA